AUGGGCAUCAUAGAAAAGAUCAAAGAGAUUGAGGCGAAGCUCGCACGAUAUCGAGCUCAGUUGCUGGAACCAACUGCUAAAUCUGGGGGAGCUGGAACUGGAUUCGAUGUGCAAAAAUCAGGAGAUGCUAGAGUAGCUCUUAUUGGAUUCCCAUCUGUUGGAAAGUCAACACUUCUUAGCAAAGCAACUCACACUGCCUCAGAAGCAGCCGCAUACGAGUUCACGACGCUUACUGCAAUCCCAGGUGUCAUCGAAUACAAAGGCGCCAGGAUUCAGCUCCUAGAUCUUCCUGGAAUUGUAGAAGGGGCAAGUCAGGGCCGUGGUCGCGGCCGCCAAGUUGUCUCUACUGCAAAGACUGCCGACCUGAUUUUGAUUAUGCUAGAUGCUACAAAAUCAGAAGAGCAAAAGCGACUUUUGGAACUGGAAUUGGACGCUGUGGGUAUCAGGCUUAACAAGACUAAACCGGAUGUUGUCUUCAAAAGAAAGACAACCGGCGGCAUCACUUUCAACACUACUGUCAAAUUGACAAAAACGGAUGAGAAGACAAUUCGCACCAUUCUAGCAGGAUAUAAACUUCACAAUUGCGAUAUCAUGAUCAGAGAGGAUAUAACCACGGACGAGUUUAUCGAUGUCCUCAUCGGCACACGGAAAUAUAUGCCAUGUUUAUACGUUUACAAUAAAAUUGAUUCUAUUAGUCUCGAACAAGUUGAUAAACUCGCCCACGAGCCAAAGACGGUUGUCAUCAGUUGUGAAAUGGAUUUGAAUCUUGACUAUCUGAUUGAUCGCAUAUGGGAUGAACUGAGCCUGGUAAAAAUUUAUACCAAGAAACGAGGAGCGCAACCAGAUCUUUCCGAUCCAAUUUGCUUGAGAAAAGGGGCUACUAUCGAAGAUGUGUGCAAUGGCAUUCAUCGAUCUCUUGCGGCCAACUUCCGCUAUGGACUAAUAUGGGUGAAAUAUGGUUAUUUGGCAAAUCUAGCAAAUUCGCUCCAUACGCACAGAAGGUCAGCUUAUCACAUCAAGUACAAGACGAAGACGUGGUGUCUAUCUUUACAAAAUGAUUGUUAA